AUGGCGUCGAGCAGGGCGAUCUUGGCCAUGGGCCUCCUUGCCGCCGUGCUGUCCCCCGCCUUGUCAAAGCGGUCGUUUAUCUCCAUGCCAGCCGACGUGAGUAGUCCUGUGACCCUGGCCAACGGCCUCUCCUACGGCUACCACGCCAACUCCUGCCCGCAGCUGCAAGACAUCGUGUGGCCGAUCGUGGAGAGCGCGGUCCUGGGUGAGGUGGCCAUCGCCGCCGGCCUCCUCCGUAUCUUCUUCCACGACUGCUUUCCUCAGGGAUGCGAUGCGUCCGUCCUUCUGACGGGACCCAACAGCGAGCGGGACCUGCCGCCGAACCAGACGCUGCAGCCGCGUGCGAUGCAGCUCAUCGAGGACGUCCGCGUCAAGGUACACGCCGCCUGUGGCGCCACCGUCUCCUGCGCCGACAUCAUCGCCCUCGCCACCCGCGACGCCGUCUUCGUGGUACGUGCACACGUCGGUCGCUGCUGUUGUACUGUACAACGAAAGCAUCUCCCUACCUCACUCGCGAAAGAACCUAUGCAGGCCGGGGAAAGCGAAAUGUUCUACUUCUACGACCUGCCGCUCGGCCGGUUUGACAGCCUCGAGCCGGCUAAUAGCAGCGCCGUCUUCGACCUCCCGCAGUCCACUGCCGACGCCGACACGCUCAUCAACGCCUUCAAGAGCCGCAAUCUCGAGCCCAUUGACCUCGUCGCGCUCUCUGGCGCGCACACCGUCGGGAAGGCGCACUGCAGCUCCUUCAACAACCGCUUCUCCGAGGACGCCGACUUCGCCAGGAGGCUCGCCGCCAACUGCUCCAGCGACCAGAACCGGCUGCAGGACCUCGACGUAGAAACCCCCAUCGUGUUGGACAACCAGUACUUCAAAAACCUGAUGGAGGGAAAGGGGGUGUUCACCUCCGACCAAGUGCUCAUCAGAGACGGGCGCACCGACUGGGCGGUCAAAGGCCUCGCCGAGAACAAAUGGUGGUUCUACAGCCAGUUCCGUGACUCCUUGGUGAAGCUGAGUCAGUACCAACCCGGAGGAAACGUGGGCGAGAUCCGCCGCAACAGCUGCUUCGCGCCCAACGGACAGAGCAUUCCCGCCACCGCCGGUGACGAGGGGUUUGCAGCCUCUGCUUGA